AUGCUGCAAGUUUUCCAUAAAAUUAGUUGGAGAGUUUCUGAAAAACUUUUAUUUUCUAGUAAAAAAAAAAAUCAUGCAUCCUCCGUUUUAUAUUUUUCUUCACAAUCAGGGAAUAAUGAUGAAUUUGAAAAAAAAAAAAAUUGUUUAAUUUAUAAUAAUGGACCUAUUGUUGAAUCAUGUUAUCCAAAACUUGACAUCCCAGAUAUUCCAAUUCAUGAAUUUAUUUUUUCUAAUUUUGGAAAAUGGGAAGAACAAGUUGCUGUGGAAUGUGCACUGAUACAAAAAAAACUUAGAUACAAAGAUAUUUAUAGAAUAUCUAAAUCUGUUGCAAACAUGCUUUUGAAAAAAUUUAAACUUCAAAAACAAGAUUUGAUUGCAGUGAUUCUUCCUAAUUGUCCCGAGUAUCCAACCAUACUUAUGGCUUGCUCUAUGAGUGGAAUUAUAGUUACAACUCUUAAUCCCCAAUACACAGCUGCCGAAAUUUCUCAUCAAUUAAAAGAGACAAAGGCUAAAGUGAUUUUCACCGUUGCCCAAGCAAAAGAAAAUUGUAUCACUGCUGUAAAUUUAUUAAAAAUUAAUAUACCCAUUGUUAUUGUUAAAAGUCAUCCUGAAAAUGAAAUACCUCAAGGAUUAAUAGAUUUUAAUGACUUGAUUGAUGAUUUGUCAGCAAAAGAGUUUCAUUCUACUGUAAGCAGUCCAGACGAUGUUUUUGUUCUUCCUUAUUCUAGCGGUACCAGUGGUCUUCCAAAAGGAGUACAAUUAACUCAUAAAAAUAUAGUUUCUAAUUUGUUGCAAUUUAAAUCAGCUAAUGAAUUGAAAAUCACAUCGACAAGAGACAUUUCUGAGUGUUCAAUACUUGGAGUUUUACCAAUGUUUCAUAUUUACGGUAUGGUUGUAGUUACAUUAGAUGCUAUCAGCGAUGGAGCACGACUUGUGACUUUGCCUAAAUUUGACCCAAAACUUUUUUUAGAGACAUUGGUUCGAGAAAAAAUUAAAAUUGCCUACUUGGUACCUCCGUUAGUUUUUUUCCUCGGAAGUUCAUCAUUUGUGGAACGUAAACAUUUACAAUUCAUUAAACAUAUAGUUGUUGGUGCCGGACCAUGUGGUGAAAAAGAUGUAAAUAAACUAAUGGAAAAAGGAAAAGAUGUUGAUUUUUCUCAGGGUUACGGAAUGACAGAGACUUCACCUAUUGUUACUAUAUCACAUAAAGAUAGGUUUCAUAAAUAUUCCUCAAUAGGUCAUCCGGUUCCUUUAACUCAAAUGAAAGUGGUAGAUGUUGAUACUGGAAAAUCUUUACCACCUCGAAAAAGCGGAGAAAUUCAUGUUAAAGGUCCUCAGGUAAUGAAAGGAUAUCUAAAUCGUCUGGAAGAAAAUCGUAGCACUUUAGAUGAGGAUGGUUGGCUUAAAACUGGAGACAGCGGUUACUACGAUGAAGAAUUUGAUUUUUUUAUUAACGACAGACUCAAGGAAAUUAUUAAAGUAAAAGGAUUUCAGGUUGCUCCUGCUGAAUUGGAAGAAUUCAUUAGAAGUCAUCCCAAAGUUGCCGAUGCUGGAGUUAUUGGCGUGAAUCAUCCGGGAUUAGGGGAAGUUCCAAAAGCUUUUGUAGUAUUGAAAGAAAAUGAAAAAUGUUCCGAAGGUGAAAUUAAAAAUUACGUUAAGGAGAAUUUAUCCUCGUACAAACAACUUAAAGGAGGUGUUCAAUUUUUAAAAGAAAUCCCUAAAACCACAUCUGGAAAAAUAUUAAGAAAAGCAUUAAAAGAACUCGAUGGAAAACAAAAAUAA